AUGGGUCCAUCUGUGGUGGAGGCUCUGGGUAUGGAGGAGGAAGCUCAGGAGGAAAAGGCUCCAUCUCUGGAGGAGGAGGGAGCUCUGGCGGUGGUGGGUCAAUCUGUGGUGGAAGCUCUGGGUAUGGAGGAGGAAGCUCAGGAGGAAAAGGCUCCAUCUCUGGUGGAGGAGGAGGGAGCUCUGGCGGUGGUGGGUCAAUCUGUGGUGGAAGCUCUGGGUAUGGAGGAGGAAGCUCAGGAGGAAAAGGCUCCAUCUCUGGUGGAGGAGGAGGGAGCUCUGGCGGUGGUGGGUCAAUCUGUGGUGGAAGCUCUGGGUAUGGAGGAGGAAGCUCAGGAGGAAAAGGCUCCAUCUCUGGUGGAGGAGGAGGGAGCUCUGGCGGUGGUGGGUCAAUCUGUGGUGGAAGCUCUGGGUAUGGAGGAGGAAGCUCAGGAGGAAAAGGCUCCAUCUCUGGUGGAGGAGGAGGGAGCUCUGGCGGUGGUGGGUCAAUCUGUGGUGGAAGCUCUGGGUAUGGAGGAGGAAGCUCAGGAGGAAAAGGCUCCAUCUCUGGUGGAGGAGGAGGGAGCUCUGGCGGUGGUGGGUCAAUCUGUGGUGGAAGCUCUGGGUAUGGAGGAGGAAGCUCAGGAGGAAAAGGCUCCAUCUCUGGUGGAGGAGGAGGGAGCUCUGGCGGUGGUGGGUCAAUCUGUGGUGGAAGCUCUGGGUAUGGAGGAGGAAGCUCAGGAGGAAAAGGCUCCAUCUCUGGUGGAGGAGGAGGGAGCUCUGGCGGUGGUGGGUCAAUCUGUGGUGGAAGCUCUGGGUAUGGAGGAGGAAGCUCAGGAGGAAAAGGCUCCAUCUCUGGUGGAGGAGGAGGGAGCUCUGGCGGUGGUGGGUCAAUCUGUGGUGGAAGCUCUGGGUAUGGAGGAGGAAGCUCAGGAGGAAAAGGCUCCAUCUCUGGUGGAGGAGGAGGGAGCUCUGGCGGUGGUGGGUCAAUCUGUGGUGGAAGCUCUGGGUAUGGAGGAGGAAGCUCAGGAGGAAAAGGCUCCAUCUCUGGUGGAGGAGGAGGGAGCUCUGGCGGUGGUGGGUCAAUCUGUGGUGGAAGCUCUGGGUAUGGAGGAGGAAGCUCAGGAGGAAAAGGCUCCAUCUCUGGUGGAGGAGGAGGGAGCUCUGGCGGUGGUGGGUCAAUCUGUGGUGGAAGCUCUGGGUAUGGAGGAGGAAGCUCAGGAGGAAAAGGCUCCAUCUCUGGUGGAGGAGGAGGGAGCUCUGGCGGUGGUGGGUCAAUCUGUGGUGGAAGCUCUGGGUAUGGAGGAGGAAGCUCAGGAGGAAAAGGCUCCAUCUCUGGUGGAGGAGGAGGGAGCUCUGGCGGUGGUGGGUCAAUCUGUGGUGGAAGCUCUGGGUAUGGAGGAGGAAGCUCAGGAGGAAAAGGCUCCAUCUCUGGUGGAGGAGGAGGGAGCUCUGGCGGUGGUGGGUCAAUCUGUGGUGGAAGCUCUGGGUAUGGAGGAGGAAGCUCAGGAGGAAAAGGCUCCAUCUCUGGUGGAGGAGGAGGGAGCUCAGGCAGUGGACACUCCAUCUCUGGAGGUGGAGGAGGGAGCUAUGGCAGUGGCGGGUCCAUCUCUGGAGGUGGCCACAGCUAUGGAGGAGGAUCCAGCUAUGGCAGUGGUGGGUCCAUCUGUGGUGGAGGAGGCUCAGGGUAUGGAGGAGGAGAAAGCUCAGGCAGGAGAGGUUCCAUAUCUGGAGGUGGCCACAGUUAUGGAGGAGGCUCCAGCUCUGGCAGAUGCAGUCCCCACAGCGGUGGGAUGA